AGUUCACAAAAAGUUUACGAAAGUAUACUGUGUUGUAAAUAUAAUGUACAUUUGGCAUCCACUAAUUUAGUUGUUCAGCCAAUUGUAAAAUAUCAAAGUGUACGUCCUUUAGAACCUAGUGACAUGGAAUCACUGGAUAAUACACAGGCAGUACUAGCACCUUCUGGUUUAAAGGCGAAAUUAUUAUCUAUCAAACGUUAUAGUGACGAGGAUGUAUCAGUAAUCUUGAGUGAGUUCAAGACAUUUUUUAAUAUCGACACCGUAAAGAAAUCGGAAGCAGAUAGCUCGUAUUUACCUCCCUUAGUUCAAGUAUCAAUAACUCAUGAAACAAUGACAAGGGAGUUUCCCUAUCCGUCGCAGUGUAUAUACAUAGUCACUGAAGGCAAUAUAAGUUAUCAUCGUGGAAUCCAAGAUUUCGGGAUGGGCCCCGUAUUAUGGGAAAAUUUGGGAGAUAGUUUUACUAAUAGUACAUUAUCGAAGGAACGCUAUUUAGUAAAUAAUAAAUCAAACAUCGUUGAUUGGUGGAAUUAUAAUGAUCCACUUCGCGAAAUUGUAAUAAUGCAGAGACACUUACAAGAUUUGAGCGCAUCGUCACCGGUUGGUCCAGAAACUACGAUGACACCGAAUACUCCUGGAAUGAUUAAUGGACCUUCAAGCGCGAGUUCUCCUGGACAUCCAUUGACACCUGCGUCCAGAUCCAAAAAGAGACCAAUGGGAGAGACCAAGGCUUAUCCAUCACCACCUGAUGUAAUUCAACCUACAUCAACCGAAGCAGUUAUGUCAUCAGCAAUCAGUGAAGAUUUGAUUCCCAUGACUGACGAAAUGAUGGGAAUUAUCGAAACAGAUUAUGAGACUCAAGAAUAUGAUGACUUCAUUGAACUAAACGAAGAGGUAACCGAGGAUGACUUUAAGAACUUUGACGCUACCUCCUCCUCCACAGACCACGACUUCGUUGAAUUAUUUAACUCCUGCUCCCGAACCUCCGUUAUCAUUAGUAACCGAACCUAUUUCUACCCAGUCCAUGAUCAUGUUGACGAAAAAAAAUACCUUCAAGGGGGAAAAUUUUACCAGCCCCAUAGUCGAAAAAAACGAAAGAGAGGAAAACUAGUAUAUAUAUAUGGUCCAGAUAAACCAUCUCCUUUGCCCGGUUCUAAAAAGCAGAAGGGUGCGAAGAAACUGAUAGUCAAGAAAGAAAUUUCUGAUGAAUCUGAGGAAAGCUCAGAUUAUAGUAGCGAUUCGGGAAGCUCAACGUCCUCCGAAUCAGAUUACGAUGGAGAUGCCUCCAUGGAUCAAAAUAAUCAAAGCACGAUUAUCGAAUCAAAUUAUGGUAGCGAUGUUGCCGCAAGUGUAAAUUCUCGUAACUUGGAAUUUAUAAAUGCUGGACGCUUAACAAUGAUAUUCGAUCUAAAUGAUCUCCACGGUAGACGCCAACUUCGUAUAGUAAACGAAUCAGAAUCAAAAGAAAGCUCAGAAACUGCUCUCAAAUGCCUGAGCGAACAAAUAGUAUUGGGUUCUUACCCAUUUGGCGUUGGUACUAGUGGAGAAGGGGAGAGUACACAUGAACUGCUCGAAUCUCACAGAUGCCUUAUGGAGAAAUUGAGUGGUGAACUCCCUACAGCGUCAGUGCUUCCGUUUGAGAUGGGUAAAGUCAUCACCGAUUGCAAAGCUACCUUGGAUAGCAUUUCGAACAGGUUUCCUAAGUCGCAAGGUCACUUGGAUUUGUCUGUCAAUGGGCCGCUCACAGUUCAGAAAUAUUACAAUCUUGAUGGGAAUCAGGAUCGAGAAAUGAAGGAUGUGGAAGAAUCAGGGCUCAAUUUUCAAGAAUUCUCUACGCCUGAUAUCAUCGCGAGUUCUAAUGAUCUGUUAAUUGAGACAUCGCCUGAAAUUGUUAAAUUUUGGGAUAUUCAUAAGCUAACACCGUAUGAUGGCGCAAAAAAUGUGAAGUAUUUUGUUCUCUAUCCGGAGUCAGAUCAUCUACGACACUACGUUGAAUAUUUUAUAGACGAGCUACGCGUUCAGUACGAGCAUCUUUGUGCCCUUGGAACUCAUGAACCCGUAACGAUGGGCAGUUAUACUCGUGGUCUCGUGCCGAUACCCUUAAAAGUGCCUUCUCCGAAUGAGUCAACCCUAGCACUGCAAAUCCACAGUUACGAAAACGCAUGUGAGCGACUCGGCAAAUUAUUAAUCAAAUUUGUGGAAAAACUUGAAGACAAUUGCCUUGUGAUUUAUUUAGUCAACCCUUGGAGUCAUUUGUCUUCUAAUUUUGACAUAUUUAUGUGCUUCUCAAAAUUGCAUCAGUCUUUGAUAAAAAACAAUUCUAACUCGAAGUUCAUAUAUCCGCAAGUUAUACCGAUUGAUCAUAUUCUAAAAUUUGGUAAAACCAGUGGAGGAUUGUUUAAGAGCAAGUCUUUACUUAAGGAAUUAGCAUUUACUGUGUAUACCAAGUCACUGAAUUAUAGAGCACCUUUUAUUUUACCAAAACCUUCAAUAGUUUCCGUUAAUUUUAGGUGGACAAAGAAAUCGUCUUCUGUCAAAGACCUCAUUAUCUACGAUACCGUCCUACAGAUGUCCUAUGGGUAUAGCUUUGAUCAUCGUCGUUUGUUUAUCGUUUGGGUGGAUAUGCAGGGCAAGCAUGUUGGCAGUGAUGCAAUACCGACAAUUACUCUUUCUUCAGCCAUCAAAAGACCAAUUCCUAAAAGGACUUUAUUUACGGAUGUGUGGAACAGAACACUCAAUUUCAGUCAGAGAGUUAUGGGAGGAUGCCGGAAAACGAUUAUCACAAAACUUGGGAUAAUGACCAAAGAAGAAAAAGACUUAUGGCUAGAGAUCACAGAGAAAAAAAUUCCCAUCUUGGCGAUUAAUAUCGAAUCAUCGUUAUCGAUAGAUCCUACCACAAUCAAG